AUGUUGACAGGGACGUUGCCAUCGGAGCUGUCUCAAAUUGCCGCCCUCGAAACCUUCCAAGGCCAAAACAACAACUUUACGGGCCCUGUAGUUCCAAACUGGGAGGCCAACCAGAGUUCCUCCGUCAUCGAGGAAUGGGAUGUGAGUGGGAAUCUUUUCGUGACGGGAGUUGUGACGCAGACGCUGUGUGGAGCCUGGAAGUUUACCUGUUCGGGCAUCUUGUGUGGGUGUGAUUGUCCCUGUCCCACGGCUGUGUAG